AUGAAGCAUUUAGCAUUGGAGACACGUUAUCGAACAAUCCUUGCUGUAUGUAUUGCGAUCACAGUCAUUGAAGCAGCGCAACAAAAGCCAUCACAAUUCCGGUUACCUGCUCGUAGUAUCGAACAUGACACAUCCGAAGCGGAAGAUGACUUGAGCAGUGAAGCGGCGACACCUACUCAGUACCGGUUUAGAGCUAGGAACAACCAAUACGAGUACAGUGAUGAGGAGGAAGCACCUAUUACUUACACGAGACAACAUGUCCAACAGCAACAACAUCAACAACAACAACAUGCUCCAGCACCGCAACACAAGAAGCAAAGCUCUCGCAAGCAGCAAUAUGAAGAAGAGCUAGCUGAUGAGGAAGACAAGCCAGAUAGACUUCAAGAGUUACUGCAACAGUCGAGUUUUCAAUGCAACGAUCGUGUAACCGGGUAUUAUGCUGAUGACACAGUUGGUUGUGAAGUCUUCCACUACUGUCAAGAUAAUGCAAAACACUCAUGGGUCUGUCCCGACGGAUUCACUUUCCAUCAAGUUCAUUUAAUCUGCAUGCCACCAUCUGCUGAAAACAUCUGUGAACAAUCCAGCAAAUAUCACGUCGUAAAUGAGUAUUUAUACAAGCCUAUCAAUAUGGAAGAACACCAAAGAAAACCCAACGUAACAUUGCGCUACUCAGAGCGCUAUUAUCCUGAAAACAUCUAUUACGAUGACAGACGUGAUUAUGCAGAGGAUCGUGCACCAGUGAGACACCAGGUCCAACAAGCUCCCCAGGUCCCACGCAAACAACCUACUUAUCAACAUGUCAGCACGCCAGCUCCGUACCGUCAACAAAAUCAAUAUCAACAUCAAAACGCAUAUCGUUCCCCCGAAGAAAUCAACAUUUCUCUUCAACAAAGAAGACCAACACAGCAACCUACUCGUUAUGAGGAGGACGAAGACUACAGCUACGAAAAGUAA